AAUUCUGCAGAAACUGCUAAAAAGGCUUGAACUCAUCUCAGUCGUGUUUAUAUCUACUGAAAGCGGUGUAACUGUUUUUAGGAAUAAAGCGGUGUAAUAAAUGAAUAUAUAACUGAGUUUAAUAUAAAAAAGGUGCCUGUCCCUUUAAGAGCCGCUAUCCGCCAUUUCCUGCAUGACCGCCCACGGGACGUGCGGUAGCCAAUCAGAGCGCGGCGCACGUGACGCGCGUUGUAAGCGAUGACCUCAUCUCUGGAACGGGAUGACGUCAAAUACAAGAUGGAUGGAAUCACGGCUGGUGUGCGGACGACGCAACUCGGGCAACAAUAACGAGGAAAAGAGAGGAGGAAGAAGAAGAGAAGAGGAAGAAGAAGAAGAGAGGAGGAGGAGGAGAGAGGGAUCAGCGCACCGGUCCCGGGGCUCGAGACGCGGGUCAUGAUGGAGAGCCUGGUGCACUACAGUAGCCCCGCCCAUGCCGUCUCUCUGCUGAGCGUGUUAAACGAGCAGCGUCUGAAAGGACAGUUCUGUGACGUGGUGCUGAUGGCAGGUGAACAUCGCUACCCGGCUCACAGGAGCGUCCUGGCUGCUAGCAGCGAGUACUUCCACACUCUGUUCUCCAGGAGAGACUCGGAGAACCGAGACGUGAUCCAGUUGGACUUCUGCGAGCCUGAGGCUUUCGAGAUUGUGCUGAACUACAUCUACUCCUCGUCCCUGUUUGUAGACAGAGGGAGCCUGGCGGUGAUCCAGGAGCUGGGCUACAGUUUAGGCAUCCCGUUCCUGACUAAUAUAAUGUCCACCAGGCCUCAGGUGUCCUACUGUGUGACUCGCAAAAGCUUGAGUUUUCCUGAAGAGGACGACGGGUCGUCCACAAAGAGGAGCGUUAUCGUACACCAAGGAGGAGUGGGCGUCGGCCCCAGAGGGAACACGAUCCAACACGGAAAAGCGUCGAGGCGUACGGCGGAGGAGACUCAGCCUGCAUCGGGUUUGGAUUACCAUCCGUCGGAAUACGUUCAAUUAACUGAAAUAGGUAUGAAUCUUAGCAAAAGCGCUCAGAAAGAGCACGAGGACGAGUCGAAGUCCAUCACUCCGUCUCUGCCGUCCAUCCUCAAGGGUCGUGUAGAGUACAGAGCGCCCUCGGUACGCCCGCAAUUGACCUCAUCUGUGUCCUUCAGUGAAACCAUACAGCACCUAAACUCCGAUCUGGCAGACGACUCGAUGGAGGAAGUGAAACGCGAAGAGACUUUCGACUUGAAGUCGGUCUCCGGAUCACAUCUGGGACAGAACCAAACAGUAGACCGGAGCGGACCGCUGAUUAAAAGCCUUCUCCGUAGAUCCUUAUCCAUGGACAGCCCGGUUCCUGUUUUCUCUCCGGUUUUGGAGCUGAAGGACUCACAGAGCAGGGAGCAACCUGUCAUAAAACCUGAGACGAACCCGGUGGAGUCUCCUUCGUUCGGGAGCAAACAUCACUUGCCUCCACUCAUUCUCAGGUCCAAACAGCAUAACGUGUUAACCAGGGAAGGAAAAGACACUCAGGUAGACAACAGAGUGACGGUCAAGAUGGAGGCCAGCAGCCCGUUAGCCGAUCCUUCAGAAAUCAUACGGGUCACGGUGGAGGACAAUCUGCCUGUCAACUUUCGAGAUUUCCAGAAUUUUGAGGAAAGUUCAAGGGGAUACUUCAGUCCUUCUGUGAAAAGGAGGUUACCGUUGGACAGCAAUUCAAACACCUUUAAACGAUCCAAAGUGAUGAACGACGAUGAGGACGGCGUCGCCAGGGAUUCACCUCACAGCACAGAGGAUCAGGAACCUGGAGAACUGAGGCCGACGAAGAUGUUCAAAUGCUGGAGCUGCAUGAAGGUGUUCAGGUCAAAUGCAGGACUUUAUCGCCACGUGAACAUGUACCAUAACCCAGAGAAGCCUUACGCAUGCGACAUCUGCCACAAGCGCUUUCAUACGAACUUUAAGGUCUGGACACACUGUCAAACCCAACACGGCGUAGUCCAGAACCCUGCGGCUUCUUCCAGCUCCUACUCAGUGCUGGAUGAGAAGUUUCAGAGAAAACUCAUAGACAUAGUGCGAGAGCGGGAGAUAAAGAAAGCCUUGAUCAUGAAGCUCAGGAGAAACAAGCAAGGCCAUCAAUCUCAGCCGUUUGCCAAGAAAAGCCGGAGGUCGAGGUCUUACGGGUGUCCCUACUGCGGAAAAAUGUUCUUCUUCCAGUCGCAUUUUAAGCUGCACAUGAAAGGACACACUUCAGAGAGAGCCAGCAUGGACGCACAAGAUGAGGAAGGUCUACACGAGCAUCAGGAGCAAACGGGACACGUCAAGGAGAACCAGGACAAAGAGAUCUUUCCCUGCAGGCUCUGCAAUGUAAAACUCUUCUCCCUGAGCGAGCUGGAGGAUCACGAGAGAGCGUGUCGCUACGCAACUGUCUGUCCUUACUGCGGCCUCAGGUUCUCCAACACGCUGGUGAAGAAGGAUCACGAGGCUCACUGCAAGUACAAAAAGCUGACCUGCCUCGAGUGCAUGCGCACUUUCAAGUCCUCCUUUAGCAUUUGGCGCCAUCAGGUUGAAGUCCACAACCAGAACAUGAUGACCGUCAGGGAGCAGCUGACCUUUGGGUACCACGACGUUAACCAAGAACUUCCCGGGACACCGCUGACGCCUAAAGAGGCGACGAGAGAAGACGCGACGUACGGCGACUCCGAAGACUCUUCUUCUUACCUCCCAGAGGAUCUCAGCUCGGCCCACAAUCAGGGCAAGCUCGUCGUUAAAGAGGAACCGCAGGAGGAACCGGUGAUGGACAGAGAACCCUCAGCUCCUGAGGAACCAGGCGUGCAGCCUUGUGAGAAAUGCGGCAAACUCUUCGGCUCUCACAAAGCCCUCGAGCGCCACCAGGAGCUUCUCUGCCACAUCAAGCCCUUCAUCUGCCAUAUCUGCCACAAAGCGUUUCGGACCAACUUCCGCCUCUGGAGCCACUAUCAGUCCCACAUGUCGUCUGAGGAACCCGCGAGCAGACAGACGGACAGACCGCCGUGCUCUCCGUGCUCGUCUCCGACUCUUACCAUCUGCACCCAGGAGCCUCUGACCUCACAGGCGUCUUCGCCGAAAUCAGGUCCGACCGAAGCCACCGUCCUGGAGGAGGAGCCCAGAACCCUCACUUCUUCUCUGUCGAAAUCCGAGCUAGCCGAGCAGGAAAAACAAGAUGGAGAUUUCACUCACUCCAGGUCGGACAGCACUAGAAAUCCAGAAACUUCUCAGGAAUCAGACACGCUCUUUUAUCACGCGCCCACGCUCUCGGCUCUGACGUUUAAGAGGCAGUACAUGUGCAAACUCUGCCACAGGACCUUCAAAACUGCUUUCAGCCUGUGGAGUCACGAGCAGAGCCACACUCACAUCUAAACACACAC